AUCUCAUCCUUACCGGGGUGACGGUCACUCCUCUCCAAAAGAUCCGAUUCUUUUCAAAAAACGAGUACGAAUAGAUAGAUAAUCAGACAUCCAAACAGCACCUCCUUAUCCUAUUCUACUCCGGGAGUUCUCUCAAAUGGGCCAACGACACAACAGACGCAAGACUCGCCCCCGAUCACGGAACAGCAGUAUCCAGCAGCUCGACCUGAAUCACCGCGCGGAAUCCAUCCCGUCGCCUUGCGCCCCGUCCUGGCAUCUGCAGGGGCUCUCGGGAUGGCAGCCCGCGGAGGAACCGGUCAGCCUGCGGCUCCGGGUGGAGGCUGAGCAGUGCCGACUGUUUGGCGGCGAGCCUGGUGACGACGUUGGUCUCUGCUAUCGCAUGCUCGAGUACUUUGGUCGGCUCGACUAUAUUGAUUCACUGGGUUAUCUUGGCGACUGAACCAUUGUGAUUCUUCCGGGACAAAGCUGCGCUUUGUGCCGGCCUAUACUCCAGGGGAUAACGGGGGAAAAAAAAAGCCAGAACAACCCACUAGAG